GUUACAUGUGGGCCCACGGCUAAAACUCUGAAAUGGUAACCUUUCAAGUUUUUCUAUUGUUUUUCUUCGCGUGGGUGUGGUGUUCUGGAUUGAUCGUCAUGGCCUGCACGUUCAUAUAUAGCCAAGAUGCCAUGGCCAAGCUCUCACGUCAUUAAGCUUUCAAGUCUUAUUUCACCGCCAAGUCAAUAUAUUACAAACGUAGAGCCUCGCGAACGUGCUCUAUAUCUAAUUCUAAUUCUAAAACUAUACUACCCCAAUGGAGUUCAACACCCUUCCCGUGCCCUCUCCUCCAACCAAAUCAACGGCAGAUAAUGCAGAGAAAUCAUCUAUCCACUCAUCGAGUGACGUAGAGAAACAAAUCCCGGGGACGACUAACACACUUCAUCGUACCCUCAAAGGCCGGCAUCUCCAAUUGAUCGCCGUUGGUGGCACCGUCGGCACUGGUAUCUUUAUUGCCUCAGGCACAUCCCUCUCCACCGCUGGACCUGCUGGAGCUCUCAUAGGAUAUGCUUUCGUCGGCACCAUCGUCUACGUCGUCACCUUCUCACUGGCUGAACUCUCCACCGCAUAUCCGCUGGCCGGCUCCUUCACACAACACGCGUCACGAUUCGUCGAUCCAUCUCUCGGCUUUGCUCUUGGAUGGAUAUACUGGUUCAGCUGGGCGAUCACCUACGCGCUCGAGCUUACGGCUGCGGGACUAGUAAUGCAAUACUGGACGCAGAAAGUCAGCAUCGGUGUCUGGAUCGCAAUCUUCUGGGUACCUAUCACAGCCCUCAACUUCCUCCCCGUCAACGUGUACGCCGAAUGCGAGGUCUGGUUCGCCAGCAUCAAAGUCAUCGCCCUAGCCGGAUUCGCCAUCUUCGCCAUAUGCAUCAACGCGGGCGCAGGAGAUGACGGAUACAUCGGUUUCCGGUACUGGCGUACCCCAGGCGCAUUCGCACCUUACCCUUCCCUCGCCGACACCUCCGCCUCCUCGGCCGGCGCCAAAGCCGUGGGAUGCCUCGCCGUACUCAUCCAAGCCGGUUUCGCCUACCAAGGCACCGAACUCGUGGGUGUCGGAGCUGGCGAGAGCGAGAACCCAGGCAAGACGAUGCCCAGCGCCAUCCGCCGCACUUUCUGGACAAUCUUAUCGUGCUUCAUCUCCACCAUCUUCUUCAUCGGCAUCCUCGUGCCGUACAAUAACGAGGCCCUCCUAACCGGCACCACCAACGCCGCGGCCUCGCCUCUCGUCAUCGCCGCGAAGCUCGCCGGCGUCAAAGCACUCCCCGACAUCAUUAACGCGAUUCUACUCACCGUCGUCCUCUCCGCCGCCCUCUCAAACGUCUACUCCGGCUCCCGCAUCCUCAUCGCGCUCGCCGACUCCUCUUCCGCACCGGCGUGCCUCAGCAAAACGAAUCGCCGGGGCGUCCCCAUCUACGCCGUCGCAUUCACCUCCGCCUUCGGCCUCCUCGGCUUCAUGAACCUCAGCAACAACGGCGGCGAAGUCUUCAACUGGUUCCUGAAUAUCAUCGCCGUCGCCGGCUUCAUCGCCUGGGCAUGCAUCUGCGGCUCACACAUUGCUUUCAUGCGGGCCCUGAAAGUGCAGAAUAGAUCGCGGGCCGAUCUUCCAUACAGAGCUCCGUGCCAGCCGUACGCAGCGUGGUACGGGCUGGUGUGGUGUGUGAUUAUUAUCUUUGGCCAAGGGUUCACGGCGUUUUUGCCGUGGAGCACUAAGGGAUUCUUUGUGGCGUAUGUUAGUUUGAUACUUUUCGCAGUUGCGUACGGAGGACAUAAGAUCGUGACGCGGACUGGGUUCGUCAAAGCACACGAUGUGGAUCUAGAUGAUGGGAGGUGGAUUGGUCUAGGGACGGAUAGCGAGGAGGAAGGCGAGAAGGCCGGAUGGAGGAAGAUGCUGGCUAGGCUUCAUUGAUUGAGGCGAUGAGGAGUGGAGGAAAAGCGUAACAACACAUGUUCAAUACCAUAGCU